UCGUUCCUUUCCGUUUGAUAUUUAGCUCUCCGUCAUCUUGUUCUGCUGCUGCUCUUCUGAAACCCGACUGUGGAGAGGCCUUCCGCUGACCAUCUCCUCCUACCGCAGAAAAAAAAAUGGAUGAACAUUAUUGUUCUACCCAACUUAUUGAUGGAGAUGGUGCAUUCAAUGUUGCUGGCAUCGAAAAUUUUAUUAAGAUGGUGAAGUUGGCUGAGUGUGGACUAUCCUAUGCUGUGGUCUCUAUUAUGGGCCCACAAAGUAGUGGUAAGAGCACACUUUUGAACCAUUUGUUUGGCACCAAUUUUCGAGAGAUGGAUGCUUUUAGGGGAAGGUCACAGACUACUAAAGGCAUUUGGCUAGCGAGAUGUGCUGAUAUUGAGCCAUGUACAAUCGUUAUGGAUUUGGAGGGUACCGAUGGAAGAGAGCGAGGGGAGGAUGACACAACAUUUGAGAAGCAGAGUGCACUUUUUGCUUUAGCAGUUUCAGAUAUAGUCCUUAUAAACAUGUGGUGUCAUGAUAUUGGUCGAGAACAAGCUGCAAACAAGCCUCUUUUAAAGACAGUAUUUCAGGUGAUGAUGAGGUUGUUUAGCCCUCGUAAAACAACAUUACUAUUUGUCAUACGUGAUAAAACCAAGACACCGCUGGAAAGUCUUGAACCUAUUCUCAGGGAGGAUAUUCAGAAGAUAUGGGAUAAUGUUCCAAAACCACAAGUUCAUAAAGAAACUCCUCUUAGUGAAUUUUUCAAUGUACAAGUUGUGGCUCUUUCAAGUUACGAAGAGAAAGAAGAACAAUUUAAAGAACAGGUUGCAAGUUUAAGACAAAAAUUUUAUCAUUCUAUCGCACCUGGUGGCCUUGCUGGAGAUCGACGUGGGGUCAUUCCUGCUUCAGGAUUUUCAUUUAGUGCACAGCAGAUAUGGAAGGUUAUCAAAGAGAACAAGGACCUUGACCUGCCUGCACACAAGGUUAUGGUAGCCACUGUACGUUGUGAAGAAAUUGCUAAUGAAAAGCUUGCUUUCAUAAAUGCUGAUGAGGAGUGGCUUCAACUUGAAGAAGCUGUUCAGCAUGAUCUUGUUCCAGGUUUUGGAAAGAAGCUCAGUGCAAUAUUGGACAAGUGCUUGUCUGGAUAUGACAUGGAAGUUAUUUAUUUUGAUGAAUCUGUUAGGACUUCAAAGAGACAAGAACUUGAAACAAAACUUCUCCAGCUAGUAAAUCCUGCAUAUCAAUCCAUGUUGGGGCACGUUCGGGCAAAAACUUUAAAUGACUUUAAGGAAGCUCUUGACAAGGCUAUUGAAAGAGAAGGAUUUGCUGUUGCUGUACAUGAUUGCACUCAAUCUUUCAUGUUAAAGUUUGAUAAGGGCUGUGAAGGUGCUGCUAUUGAACAAGCAAGAUGGGACCCCUCGAAAGUUCGGGAAAAGCUUCGGCGAGAUAUUGAUGUUUAUGUAACUUCAGUUCGUGCUGCAAAGCUUUCUGAGCUUACUACACUGUAUGAGGGACAACUCAAUAGAGCUCUUUCAGAACCUGUAGAAGCUCUUCUUGAUGCGGCUAGUGAUGAUACUUGGCCAGCAAUAAGGGAACUUCUCCAACGAGAGACCAAAUCUGCUAUUUCUGGAUUUUCUUCUGCACUUUUAGCAUUUGAUCUUGACCAGGCAACUGUUGAUAAAAUGAUCUUACAGCUAGAGGAAUAUGCUAAAAGUGUUGUUGAAUCAAAGGCAAAAGAAGAGGCUGGAAGAGUCUUGAUCCAUAUGAAGGACAGAUUCUCGACAUUGUUCAGUCACGAUGCUGAUUCCAUGCCAAGAGUUUGGACAGGAAAGGAAGACAUAAAAGCAAUCACAAAAACUGCUCGCUCUGCAUCUCUGAAAUUGAUGUCUGUACUGACUGUUAUUCGUUUGGAUGAUAAAAAUGAUAAAAUCGAGAAUGCUCUCUCACUUUCUUUGAUGGAUGCUUCUGAUAGUGGUGGUUCAAGCCGAAGCAUCCAAAUUCUUGAUCCGCUUGCUUCAAGUUCAUGGGAAGAGGUUCCACAAACAAAAACUUUGAUUACUCCAGUCCAAUGUAGAUCAUUGUGGAGACAGUUCCAAUCAGAAACCGAGUAUACUGUCACUCAGGCUAUUUCAGCUCAGGAAGCCAAUAAGCGUAACAAUAGCAUGUUGCCCCCUCCGUGGGCAAUUGUUGCCAUUCUUAUCUUGGGGUUCAAUGAAUUUAUGACACUUCUUAGAAAUCCUCUCUACUUGGUCGUCAUAUUUGUCAUCUUUUUGGUCGGCAAAGCCCUAUGGGUUCAGCUAGACAUAUCGGGUGUAUUCAGCAAUGGAGCUCUUCCUGGGCUGCUAUCCUUGUCCACAAGGUUUCUUCCAACCGUGAUGAACAUCCUUAAGAGAUUGGCAGAUGAGGGCCAACGACCUGCGGCUCCAGAACGCAAUAGGAAUCAAGAACUUGAGACAAAAAGCUUUCGGAAUGGCAUGCGUAGCAAUUCGUCAUCGGAUGCAUCCUCUAAUAUAACAUCAUCGGAUAGCGGAAUUGAGUACUCAAGUCUACCAAGGCAAUAACGACCAUGCCGUGUUUCGGUCGGCUGACUUUGUGUUUACCUGUGUUUUCUCUUUCUUUUUCUUUAAUUUGAUAUUUGGCCAACUGUGCAAGAGCAUCUCGUUUUCUUGAGAUGCUCUUUCUUUGAUUAUGGCCGGAGCGCACAAAUGUAGUGUGUUAUAAGAUUCACUAGAUUGUACAAGAAACCAUCCUGAUGUAUUUGUUCUCAAAAGAUCUUGAAGCAUCCGUGUGAACCUCCAUGUUGCAUUUAUUAUCUUCACGGUUGUGUUCAUAUGCAA